UGGUAGAACUGGUUGCUCUUCUUUUGUGUUCUCGCCAUUCGGAAGUGUGCACAUACGCGUUUUUCGCUGCUACUCCCGCGACCCAGAGCGAGACGAGUCUCGUGUUGUUUCCUGGCCAAAAGGAGUUCCCUGCGACCGAGUUCCCUGUUUGCCAUCCGGAGGUGUGAAGCCAGCUAUCGGUCCGGCACUUCCGUCCGCGGUGAUAGAAGGUUUUUGUGACAUUUUUGCGACCGCCGCAGCAUUGUUCCUAAUCACAACGACAUUUUUGUCAGCAGUAGAAUAAAUACAUAAUGACUGGAACCGAGAGUAACGCAGUAAAAGCCGUAGAGUCGGCAUCCGAUGGAGAAGAUCAAAUGCCCGAUUUCCUGGACGAUCCGGCCUACAUGAGUUCGGCUUCGCGCCGGAUGAUGAUGAAGGAGGUUAUUAAGGCGCUACCGGACAAAGUUCAGCACAGAAUUAACGCCCUGAAGCAUCUGCAGCAAAAAUAUCUCAAAUUGGAGGCGAAAUUUUUUGAGGAAGUUUAUGCGCUGGAGUGUAAGUACCAGGAGCUGUAUCAACCGUUGGUUGAUCGUAGAAAAGCAGUCAUCACGGGGGAAUCGGAAUUGGAAGCAGGUGAAGCGGAAUGGGAGGAUGAGAGUGAUGAUGAGGAUAACGAAGUUGAUGCGGAAGUCACGGAACGUUUCAAGAAAAUGGCAUUGAAUUAUAAAAAUCAACAUUCGAAAAUUCUAAAAGAGGCCCAGGGUAUUCCGGCCUUUUGGUUGACUGUGUUCAAGAAUACCCAAACGAUGGCCGAUAUGAUUCAGCCCCACGACGAACCGGUGCUGGCGCAUUUAACAAACGUUAACAUCGUGUACAAGACUGACCCGAUGAGCUACGUGCUGGAGUUUCACUUUUCGACCAACCCAUACUUCAAGGACGCGGUGCUGACCAAGCAGUACUUCAUGCGGUGCCAGGUUGACCAGGAGGAACCGUUCAGUUUCGAGGGUCCCGAGAUUUACAAGUGUACUGGCUGCACGAUCCAGUGGAACCCAAGCAAGAACGUGACCGUGAAAACUAUCAAGAAACAGCAGAAGCACAAGCAGCGGGGAGUUAUUCGCACCCUGACCAAGACACUUCCGAACGAUUCUUUCUUCAACUUUUUCAAUCCGCCACAGGUGCAGGACGACGAGAAGAACGUUGACGACGAAACGCAGAUGCUGUUGGCUUCGGACUUCGAGAUUGGUCACUUCCUGCGGGCUCGCAUCAUCCCGAAGGCCAUCUUGUAUUACACCGGUGAGGUGAUGGACGAGGACGAUGAUGGCGAAGAGGAAGAGGAAGAAGAGGAGGAAGAGGAUGAGGAAGACAUGGAAGAGGAAGAAGGCGAAGAGGAAGAGGAUGAGGAAGAAGAGCGACCGCCAGCAGCUAAAACUCGGAAAGAGCGCGGAGGUCGUGGUGGUGGUGGCGGCGGCGGUGGAAAGAAAAAGGAAGGUCAAAAUCAAGCUGAAUGUCAGCAGCAGUAGUGGAAUCAAUAUCCUUAUCAUUUGCGUUUCAGUCUAUAUUUUGAAGAUGAUUUUAGUCGUGUUCUAUAACUACACACAGAUACACACACACACUCAUAAAACUCAAGCACGCUCCCGUUCGCAUAUAUAUAAAAAUGAAUGCAUAUUAUAUUGAUAUAUAAAAUGAUGUUGAUCCUGCCGCUAGUUCGGCAAGGAAGUAACAAAAACUAUCAGCUGAAUCCGUCGCAAAUUGAUUCCUAACAUUACAAGCUUGCUUGACUUUGCCGUUGCAAUCUCGAAGUUAGUCCUCCCCGUGGCGUAACAUCAUUGCAUGGUGGUGCCUGCCUGCCUGCCUGCUUCCAGCCAGUCAGACAAACUACAGAACUAAUGCAUCUUCUUGUUUUCUACGUUGACAUCUCAUUUCGAAUUCCAAGAAUUGAUCAAAUGAGCAGUUUACUGUAUUUCUUAGGAUUAUUAUAAUUUUCUAAUAAAAAAAAUGUCAUUGGAAAAAAAUUCUUUUGAUUUUGUUUAAAAUUGUUUUCAUCUUUUACUUCGUUUAACUUUUGGGACAUUUUACAAAGUUCGCAUGUCCUUCCGAAGAUAGUCUAAAAACAAAACAAUAAUUAAGGAAAACAUGAUUCAAAGCGCUUUGUUGUUGAAAACAAACAAUUAGGUUAAAAGUACAUUUAUUGGACAAACACGUAUUAAUAAAAAACAAUGAAAGUUUA